AUGCCCUUACCACGGAGCCCGCUCCGGCGGAUCCGUACGUCUACCAAGUUGGAUUUGGGAAUAGAUUCUCUUCUGAAGCCAUUCAACGUUGUUGAACUGUCGCCUGAAAGUUUUCGAGCUCACAGGUUCAGUCCGGGGACUCUUCCUCGUUCUUGCAACGCCCCGCAGAAGGUUAAAUACAGCCUCUAUUCGGAGCAGUUAAAUGGCUCGACAUUUGUUGCGCCCCGAGCAGAUAUCCAGCAUGCAUGGUUUUACCGCAUUUUCCCCUCCGUGGCUCAUGGAGAUCUCAAAAAGAUGCCGCGAAACACAGAGAACUCCUCCCUCCCAAUGUGUGCUCACCUCCUGACCUUGCUUGUCGUCAAGAUCGAGUCACGGUUUUCUUCCGGGAACGAAAAUGUCGAGUUCGUUCCCGGUGCGCUCUGUUGGAGAGCGUUUCCAAUGCCCGAGGCCAUCGGCCCGAGUGUGGACUUUGUUCAGGGCCUCAAGACAAUAGUCGGACACGGAGACCCGACGAGCAAGGACGGGCUAGCCGUGCACGUGUACACCGCAAAUGCAUCGAUGAAGAACCGCGCGUUCUGCAGCAAUGACGGGGACAUGCUUUUCGUUCCCCAAGUUGGUAGGCUGGAUGUCCAAACCGAGUUCGGGAGGUACGGUGUCAACGGCGGUGUCGAGGGCCCCUUUCCGGAGACCGUUUCAGCUGACCUUUGGUGGCAGAUUGAUGAGCUGGUGGUUGUUCAGGCUGGCAUCCGGUUCAAGGUCGACUUACCAGAUGGUCCAGUCCGAGGCUGUGAGUCACUCGACGGCGACCUAGGGUUUUGGGAACGCCAGCUAAUGGAUUCAGAUAUCCAAGAGGUGUUCGGCAGUCGAUACGAACUACCAGAGCUGGGACCACUUGGAAGCAACGGAAUGGCUCUACCGCGCGAUUUCGAGUUCCCCGUAGCCUCCUUCGACAUGGACAAGACGGAAUGGGAGAUCAUCUACAAGCUGGCCGGGAAACUAUGGUCAUGCAAGCAAAACCACACCCCAUUCGAUGUCGUUGCCUGGGACGGCAAUUACGUGCCCUUCAAGUACGCAGCCGAAAAGUUUGUCAACGCGGCCUUUGUCGAUAAGGACCAAGCCGAUCCUAGUCUGUACACUGUCCUGACGGUGAAAUCCAAAAUACCUGGUGUUCCUGCUACAGAUGUUAUGUUCUUCACGCCGAAGUGGUCCUCGGCGACGAACGCCUAUCGACCUCCCUACUACCACAGAAACAUGGCUACAGAAGUUGUGGGGGUAGUGUAUGGCGACUACAAGGGCACAAGCCGCAACUUGGAGGCCGGUGGUCUUAGUUUUCAGUCAAGCUACUCGCCCCAUGGAGGCAAGUCUUGA